CGAGCUGCAACUUCGAGACACCCAGUAUUCUACAACCACAAUCAUGUCGCGAAUACUGAAGGGCGCCUUUUCUAACUCAGCUCUACGAGUUCCAGCUCGGCAUGGAGCUCGCUCGUUCUUCUCCAUGCCGCCGGGUGCCCCAUCGUUUCCCCCCAAGAAGAGCGCUCCGCAAGCUUGGUCACCAACACCCUACGUUACAGAGACCAUUGGAGGCGGUUGGCACACAUACGACAUCUAUUCGAGGCUUCUGAAGGAGCGGAUAGUAUGCCUCAAUGGUACAGUCGACGACGACACUUCAGCCUCCAUCGUGGCCCAACUACUCUUCCUCGAAGCCGACAACCCUGAGAAGCCGAUAAGUCUCUACAUAAACUCGCCCGGCGGAUCUGUGACAGCUGGUCUCGCUAUUUACGACACAAUGACCUACAUUAGAUGCCCAGUAACUACCAUUUGUAUGGGACAUGCGGCCAGCAUGGGGUCCCUCCUCCUUUGUGGUGGAGCUCCCGGAAAUCGGUUCUGCCUUCCAAACAGUUCGAUCAUGAUCCAUCAACCUUCCGGAGGAUACUCAGGGCAGGCGUCGGACAUUGCCAUUCACGCCAAAGAGAUUCUGCGGGUCAGGAAGAAGCUCGACAUGAUAUACCAGCGGCAUCUAACAAAGCCACGGACGUUAGACGAGAUUGAGAAGUUCAUGGAGCGCGAUUACUACAUGGAUGCGCAGGAAGCGCUGGACUUUGGCCUGGUGGACCGCAUUCUGGUAAAGCGGGAGGCGGAAGGCGGGCAAGAGAAGAAGGAUUGAGGAGGCUAUGGUGUGGUGAAUGUACGAUAUAGCUGCCUUCUGGUCCAGAGAUUGACUCAUGAAAGCCUUGGCUGCAGAGACCUCCGCGUGAAUGUUUGACCGGAGAUAUUUGAGUGACGGUCACGGGACCACGCCUC